GUGGGUUGCGAGUUCCACUUGGGGCUGUGGUGGGGGGCCGACAUGAAUACACCGCAAGUUGCAAAGCCGGAAAGCAAAAGACGAAACCUGGGAGGAACGGUCGCCCGAGUGGCUGUGCAGGGACACUCGUAUGUGGAAAGCUUCAGGACCAAGCACCUGCGAACGUUCAACUUCGUCCUGAACGCAGUGAAGUACGAGCAGUGCAGCCAGCACGCCACGGAGGACACUGAAGCACAGAUCCUCGGGGCUCUCAGUUACGAGGCGAUACCUGUCGUGCGUGACGAAGAGGCGGCGCGGAGACUGUUCGAGGAGUUGGUGGCAGACCCGACGAAGGCGAACCUCACGUACGACACCGGCUCCGGAGAGUUGGUGGACCCUUCAAUACCGACGUCCGAAGCCGCUGGUGUCUCCAUGGUGUCCCGCACAUCCGUGCCUCACUUCGCGGAGUUACUUCGUGACCAGAACGUCCACACGGUGGUGCGCAUCACACCGAUGUCUACGGCGUCCGAGUGCGGUCACCUCGUCGCCCUUGGACCGGACGGCUUCUUCCUCUGCACGUGCCUGCGGCAGCUCGUCUACGGGCUACUUUGCCCGCACGCCAUCAAGGCCUUGUGGUACCAGCGUGCCUCCCAAUUCAACGGAGCAACCAUUUCACCAAGGUGGCGUGACAGUGAGACGCCAUGGACGAUGGCAGCGCUGGCCGCUAAGCCUGCCAAGCUAUCGACCGGAGCUGCGGGGCUGACGGGACCUGCGGGGCCUACCGGACAGAUGCCGCCCGUCGACACCAGUCCGAUCGUGUCGUCCCACUCCGGACCCAACUUGUCGGCCUACGCGUACGCCAACGGCGUCGCCUUAGGGAAGGAGCUGGGUGGUAUGUUCAAAGAGGUCCCGUCUGUGGGAGACGCCGGGGACCCUGGUCGGGGGGGGCGCGGCCGGGGGGGAAAGGGGUCUACCGGAAGAGGACGGGCAGGGGAAAAGGGUGACCCUGGAAGCAGCAGCCAGGGAAGCGGUGGCGGUGGAAACGGCGGCCGGCGAAGCGGUGGCAGGGGCGGAGGGACAGGCCACGGGCGCGCAGGGGGGGGCGUAAACUCUGCUGGUUUCGCUACGGGUUCGCCGAGCGGUACCACGGGGGUUCGCCGAGCGUCCCACCCUCCGGCAGGAUCGGACACCACCAGCGCCGCGCCUAUCGGCUUCCAGGCGGCACCCGUCAACGGGGCGCACACGUCCGAGGGCUUGGCGUUGCCGUUUCGUGCCCUGGACAACGUGGACGUUUCUCGUCGCGGGGGGGGGCAGGCUUCGCCACCGUUCCAGACGACCGCCCAUCUUGUUCAGUUGGGGCGUCUGCAACCACCGCCCCGUAAGAAGCAAACGGGGCCCAGCAAACGACACAAAAGUAGUAGUGCGCCGUAGUGGAGGAGACCGUUUACCUGUAGGACACGUCAGGAAAAUGUAAAGCGUGUUGCCGAUGCCUUACUCGGCGUUGCAUUCGCUUUGUUACCGUUGGCGCGUGUUGGUUUGCGCGCGCGUGUGGAUGUGUGUUGCGUGUGUUGGGGGGUCUGCCAACAGCAUCUGUUGUGUCGGAUUGGUAUUAUUUCCUUCGGUAGCCGGCCCGCCGCAGCAAGGAGAAGGGGGAUUCGCUUGGAAAACCAUUGCCGGUUGGCAGGGGUGGAGGGGCAAGAGUCUCUCGACCCCGCGGAGUCUUCGUUCUUCCCCGUGUCCGAUAUGUUUUGAGUUUUUUUUUGCGCGUUGGAUGAGAGUACCGCUGGUCCCUUUAUCAUGACCACUCAUUGGAAUUAAGUUGCAGCCUUGAUUCGGCGUCGUGAUGGUGUAUCUUCUUUGCCCGUUGACAUUUUAUGCGGUUUCCCUAGAGCUCUCCGGUUUUGAAAGUACUCGCGUGUUCAAGUUGGCAGUUGUCAUGAUGCUCCAAGAAUCAUAUGAUACAAACCAACUUUUCUUCUC